AUGCCUCCAACUUCGCCUGGCCUCACCGAUUUGAUCGACCUUUACAUCUCACAUAGUCCUUCGCAGAGUAGAAGUGGUCAGUAUCACUCCAGUCUGAACACCUGGAAGACUAUCCAUUCUCUGCCUUCGACGAAUGGAACGACCUCACUGUCAGAGUACUGCAUCUAUACAGCAGUAGGAGAGAAGCUGAAUGUCUACGCCACCUUUCCUCCUGCAGCACAAGCCGGCGUGACGGAACUAGUCAUCGAGAUUUACAUGGAAGCCGGGCAUAUCGGGUCUAUGACAUUGACGGCAGACUACAAUCACGACCUUGUUUGGCAGGGGAAAGUGGCCGAUCCGGCGGAGGCUGUUAGUGCGAGGUCGCUUCCUCGCCAUGUGCAGUCGUUGCAGUCGAAGGGAGAUCUAGGCUUCAUAUACAUUGAGCCACAAGGAUUGGGGCAGAUGCGGACGCUGCUUCAUCUUCGUUCCGCUGACUAUGAUGAGCAAACGCCAUAG